AUGGCAUCGACCACGCUAAACAAUUUCAAUUCCCGCUGUACAAUCUCCACGCGGCCCAUCCCUUGUCGCAUUCACAGACGAAAUGCACCGCCAAGAAUCCCGAUUGCGGCGGCGGCGGGGCAGCCAAGCGGUGGGGGAAUGGCCGCUGAGUUUGAGGAAGGGAAACUGGAAAGGCCUAAAUGGACUGGCGAAACUCCACUCUCUCGGCUUGUUGGAGCCCUCAUUUCCUUCAAACCUCUGUUUUCUGUUCUCAAACUUGGUGCAAGACAAGUUUUGAUCAGUACAGCUGAGAAAACCAACAUUCCUUGGAGGGACAUGACGAAGGAGAUUUUGGAGUCUGAUGUGUACAAGGAGAAGGCUGCUAUUGAAGACCCUUCAAUUGUUUAUCCUGAUUAUUAUCUCAAUCCUUUUCAUGCAUAUGAUGAGGGAAACCUAUCAUGGCUGGCUGCAGCCGAAGCAGAGGCAGCAACUAUGUCCAUGGUGAGACGGGCUAUUCCUUAUGCUUCAUCGCUUGAUGAAGCAAAUCAAAUUGUACGUGGCAAUUGGCUUCAAGCACUUGAAAACCAUCACAAGCAAUAUUCAGGAAAUUCAACCGUUGCAGACAUUCUGGAUAUUGGAUGCUCUGUUGGUGUGAGCACGAGAUUUCUUGCGGACAAAUUUCCCUCAGCAAAAGCCGUAGGACUAGACCUGUCUCCUUACUUUCUAGCUGUUGCUCAAUAUAAGGAGAAGAAAAGAAACCAAAGGAAACAACCAAUAAGGUGGAUCCAUGGAAAUGGUGAAAACACUGGCUUGCCUGCAAAAUCAUUCGACCUUGUUUCAGUUUCUUACGUGGUAUGCCUCGAUUUUUGA